CCCACCCAGCCUCUUCUUCGUGGAAUUCUGUGGAAUUGCAGUUUUUCAAUUUUCUCAGAACUAUCUCUUACGUGUGAUAAGUGUUAAAAGGUGUUUUCUCUUAGAAAUUUGCUUGACUUUACAAGUUUACUAGCGUGUCCUGAUUUGACUAGUGGAGGCUCCGUGAAUUCUAAUUUGUGUUUUUCUUCGUUUAGAUCAAGGAGGAGAGUAGCUACUCCAGUUGUUUUGUGUCUAGUUUGUGUUUCAAAUAAAAUGAACCAUUUAAUUAUUCCAAACUCCACCCUAUUUGCAGCACAAUGACCAGGAGUAACACUAACAAACAGGUUUUUAUAACAGUAGGCACAACCAGAUUCGACAGUUUGAUCCAGCAAGUUUGCUCUUCGUCUGUGCUGUCAACACUAAAAAGCAAAGGAUACAGUAAGGUUGUAUUACAGAUUGGCAAUGGUUCUUACGAGCCAAAAUCUGUAGCUUUCCCAGGCAUAAAAGUUGAAUUCUUCAGAUUCAAAAACAAUCUCAAAGAAGACAUCAGUAACUCCGAUCUUGUUAUAAGUCAUGCUGGCGCCGGUAGUUGCCUGGAAGUACUAGAAGCCAAGAAACCCCUGAUAGUGGUUGUUAACGAGAAUUUGAUGGGCAACCAUCAAGUUGAAUUAGCUGAAAAAUUGUACGAAAGUGGUCAUUUGUAUUACUGUACUCCAAACACGUUAGCAUUCACCCUUGAAACUUCAGAUUUAACUAAGCUGGUAACCUAUGAAUGCGGCAAACCAGAGAGAUUCGCUCAUUUCCUUGAAAACCUUCUCGGCCUUGAUAAAUCUAACUAACUUGUAUUAAGUAAUACAGAGUAACCCUCCGGAUUGGUCAAGUGAAGGUUAUAGGACACCUUCAUUUUAUCUAUCGAGACUGGUCCUUCAAAUCCAAAGUGCUGAAA